CAUGUCUGUACACAUAGGUAAAAAUACAGCUGUUGGGAUGACAGGAAAAAGGUUUUAAAUCAAAAUUAAACUAGCUGGAUUAUCUGCAUUAAUAAAAUUUGGUACUCAAGUAACUAAGCAAUACUAUCUAUUGUAGUCUAGUUCUUUCAACUAUAGUCUCAAGGAAAUUCUGGUAGAAAAUGUUGUAAAUUAAUUAUUCUUAUGAAGGGUUCAAUCAUAAAUCAAGACUUGGAAUAUUUUCUCCAUUUCAUUUUAUGACUCUUAUGUGUACUGUAAAUCUGCCCUAUGUCAACUUUAAAUCAUCUUUAAUAUAUGGAAAAAACUUAGAAUUGCACUAAGUAAGUCCCCAAGGAAGAAUUACCUUUAAAAUUAAAAGGUUCAUUACUACAAAGAAAAGUGGUUACAUUAUUUCAGUAUAAAGCACCUUAUCCAAGGAUUAAUUCUCUGAAACCCUUUUACAACCUGAUUAGACAUGUCAGCAGGAGUUAACCUUAAGUGCUUCCUGCUGAGAUUUUACAUUAGGGCAAGAAAAGAUUUUUUUCAUCUGUCAUUUCAGUGAGAUUAUGAGAUCAUCGCUGUAAUAAUUUUGAGGUGUUUUGAUGUUGAUGAAGCAGUUUUUUCUCUAAAGCCAUUCUUUCAAAUUUAGAAAAAAUAUGACAACUAUAAAAUCCAAUUAUUUAAACCCAAUUUAUUAUAUUUAACUUUUUGAUAAAUUGACCUAACCAUGGAAUCCUUAAAUGGUUUUGUCAUUCAAUAUCAAAAACUCAUUAAUUGCAUAGUGGCUUGAUAACCUAUUUGGUGCUAUAGAAAGUAAGACAAAACAAAGUUGACUCUUGCCUUGAGAUCUGUGUGACCUAAGACAAUGCUAAUGGAGACUUUAAGGACAACAGCAUAUUGGAUGAAUUCAUAGACCAUAUUUGUGAUGGUUAAUACUGAAUAUCAAUUUGAUUGGAUCGAAGCAUGCAAAGUAUUGAUCCUGGGUGUGUCUGUAAAGGUGUCGCCAAAGGAGAUUAACAUUUGAGUCAGUGGGCUGGGGAAGGCAGACCCACCCUUAAUCUGGGUGGGCACCAUCUAAUCAGCUGCCAGCAAAUAUAAAGCAGGCAGAAAAACGUGAAAAGUCUAGAUGGGCCUAACCUCCCAGCCUACAUCCUUCUCCUGUGCUGGAUGCUUCCUGCCCUCGAACAUUGGACUCAAAGUUCUUCAGCUUUGGGACUCAGACUGGCUUUCCUUGCUCCUCAGCUUGCGGACGGCCUACUGUGGGACCUUGGGAUCGUGUGAGUUAAUACUUAAUAAACUCUCCUAUGUGCGUGUGUUUGUGUGUGUGUGUGUGUGUGUAUUCUGUCCCUCUAGAGAAUGCUGAGUAAUACAGUAUUGCUGUGUUCAUCUUAAUAAUUUCAAAACAUUUUUCAAAAAUUUAAUCCCAACUGUUAGAAAUAACCUACAAGAAAUCCAGUGAGGCCUACCUACCCAGAGAUAAGUGAUUCACCUGACAAUAUGCAUCACAAGUCUUAACUCUCAUUUCAUUAGUCCUAUCCAGAGACCACAUUUUCUACUUAAGCAAUACUUAGAGGCACAUCUCUCAGCAAACACAAACCAAUUGGACAACUUAAACUAGCACUAUUCAACCAUAAUGAACUCUUGUUGAAAAACAGUCUGUCCCUACUUGCAUAUUGUAGUGAGAUGAGAUUCCACUCUUCAUGUCAGAAUGGCAUUUACAUGAGUCAGUGUCUAAAUGAAAUAAUUUAAAUGGAACAAAGUCAAAUACUUACGUUUUAUUUUUAAAUUCUCCUCUAUUUGCAGUUAUACUUUAAAGUGUACUCCCUUCUCUAUCCUAUCAUGAGGACUGGACAGCCUCCACAGAGAUGGCUGGACAAAGCAAGGGAAUUUACUUAGUGAUUUGCAUAUUUAACUCAAUAAGCAUCUACUGAAAUGAGUUGAUCUGUUGAUGUAAGUCUGCUCAAUAUGGUCUUGCUCUCGGAAUAUGUUUCUUGCCUUUUUGAUGCUUUAGAAGGCUUUCAAGGUAAGUCAAGCAGGGAACCUGGUGGGUAGAUGAGGGAAUUUUCAAACACACAACUGUCAGAUUUAGGAUCCUACAUAAACUUGGUAUAUAGUGUCACUUACUUGUAAAUCAGAUUUUUAAAAUUGGAAGCAACUCUGUGAUCAUCUAGUCCAUCUAGUCUACACCCUCCCUUUUACAAAUGAAGAAUCCAAGAGCCAGAAGCUCCCAGACAUCCUGACUCAAUGUCCUGUAUUUGUUGUAUAGCCUCCUUUGUGGAAGUUAUGUAUGCAUCUGACUUCACUUAAUCUAAGACAUCUAUUUUCCUUGAAAUCUUGAUAGGUCUGCUGGUUUCCUCAAGGGAAUCCAAUCUAGCUGGAUUUUAAUCUCUUUGAAUUGUGUCCUCAGCUAUAAAAGUUUUAGCUGAGGUUUUAAUGGCUGCACUUAAGUAAAUCUAACAGAUAUACCAGGGGGUGUUCCAAUUACAUACACCAUUAAAGGGCUUUAUGUGAGGAUUUUUAAAAAUUACCAUUAAAAAAAAAAAGCAUAGUCCAUUUGCAGUAUAAUUUACCAGCAGGAAAGAUUUCAAUGUCCUGGAAAAAUUCCCUAUAAAAAGGAAGAUAGGAAAACAGAAAAGUCACAGUACUCAACCUACUUCAAGGGAAGCUUGGGAUCUUUUUGGCUCUCUGCCUCUAAACAGGUAAAAGGCUUUGUAUUAUUUCUAGCACGAGUUUUUCUUUUUUAGAUUGCAUGCUAUUGUAUGUCUACAGGGCAUUUGACAGCCCAAGGGCUAAAUCCAGGUGUGACGGUAUCUAAUGAUGUCCUGUCCUUCACUGUCCUUGCCAUCACCAGCCACAGAGAUCCAGGCUUUGGGGAAUCCCACAGCUUAUCGACCAGUGUUUGAUUUAGUCUUUAGCCUCUUUCCCAUCAAAUGAAAAUUAACUUGGAGACACAUUUCAUUAGAAAAUUAGAGGCCCCCUUGGCUAGGAAGGCAUCUGGUCUGGGACUAACUACUUUGAACAGUGUUGAGUCCUCUCUCCCACAGAUGGUUCAGCCAGCAGUAAUGCUAGGAAGACUGAAGGAUAAAUAGAAAAAUGUCAUUAGUACCAUGGGGUAGCCAUCUAAUGUCAAGCAAUUUUAUAUUAGCCAGAGAUUCCUAGUAGGAGCUACUUUUCUUAACAGAUGACUCAGUUCUCUUUAUCUCAGGAAUGAAAGAGUUGAAGACCAAUCCACAACAGGGGAAAUGUUAAGGCAAAAUGAUGAACUUGAUAAGGGAUGAAUUAUGGGGUUUGGAUAACCAAACAAUAAAAAAAAAGUAUAGACUAUUUUAGUACUAAAAAGGUCCUGAACAUGUGAGCUUAAGUACUCAUUUUGUCCCCAGUGGCUAAGAAACUAAAGGCAAGCCAGCAGGUGUCUCUGAGUUUCAGUGUCUGUAUGUAAAAACUGACUCUGACUUCCAUCUUCUGCAGGGUUAGUGAUACAGAUGCUAGCUUUUUCACUAAAGAGGUCUUUUAGUUUAUACUCAACCUUGUCUGGAUCUAAUUUGAUUGUGCAUUCAUGUGCCUUAGAAUGAAGCCAAUUCAAAAACUCCUAGCUGGCCUUAUUCUACUGACUUGGUGCGUGGAAGGCUGCUCCAGCCAGCACUGGUCCUAUGGACUGCGCCCUGGAGGAAAGAGAGAUGCCGAAAAUUUGAUUGAUUCUUUCCAAGAGAUAGUCAAAGAGGUUGGUCAACUGGCAGAAACCCAACGCUUCGAAUGCACCAUGCACCAGCCACGUUCUCCCCUCCGAGACCUGAAAGGAGCUCUGGAAAGUCUGAUUGAAGAGGAAACUGGGCAGAAGAAGAUGUAAAUCCAUUGGACCAGAAGGAGUGACCAUUACUAACAUGACUUAAGUAUAAUUCUGACAUUGAAAAUUUAUAACCCAUUAAAUACCUGUAAAUGGUGUGAAUUUCAGAAAUCCUUACACCAAGUUGCACAUAUUCCAUAAUAAAGUGCUGUGUUGUGAAUGAA